CACACAUCCAACCUGGGGACAUGCGUUUUCAAGCACGAAAGCAUUUUUCUAGCUACUCUAUAUAGCUAGUUAAAAUAAUAUUUCUGUCAGCUCAUGUUUUUCACGUAAAUUUCAACAGUUACCUUUUACUGUUUUGAUUGUCUCCGGGGACAAGAGUCGGAAUAAUCUCAACAGAAAGACGUGAGAAAGUAACGUUUGAUUGUUAGCUAGCUCCUGUUAGCUAGUUCAGGACAGCAUGGGGCCCGUAAUAGAACUCAUUGCUGGAAGUUACGAGCAGAUCGCCUUUGGUUACCGGGUGUCCACGGGAGAAGAGGUAUGCUGCUUCAGUUUGAUCCCUGAUUCUCCUGUACAUAAAUGACAAACUAUACUGUUUACCUUCGCUAACCGACUAGCGUUAGUUAGCAGGGUUGUGGAGUAUGUAAAGGAUGACAGCAAAACUAACCCGUUACAUUACCAACAAACAUUUGUAAUUAGAUUACAAAUACUUUUUAAAAACGAAAGUAUUACAUCUAGGAUUAAUUUAAAUUAAGUAUGUUCGCGAAAACAAUUAUUUGACACCUUUCUGUUUUCUCAAUGAUAUUCAAAUCAGCGUUGAAGUCCGGAGUGGCGCAGUGGGCUAAGGCACUGUGUUAGUGGUCUAAGGCACUGUGUUAGUGGUCUAAGGCACUGUGUUAGUGGUCUAAGGCACUGUGUUAGUGGUCUAAGGCACUGUGCUAGUGGUCUAAGGCACUGUGUUAGUGGUCUAAGGCACUGUGUUAGUGGUCUAAGGCACUGUGUUAGUGGUCUAAGGCACUGUGUUAGUGGUCUAAGGCACUGUGUUAGUGGUCUAAGGCACUGUGUUAGUGGUCUAAGGCACUGUGUCAGUGGUCUAAGGCACUGUGUUAGUGGUCUAAGGCGCUGUGUCAGUGGUCUAAGGCACUGUGUUAGUGGGCUAAGGCACUGCGUGGUUCGAAUCCAGGCUCUGUCUCAGCCGGCCGCGACCAGGAGACCCAUGGGUCGGCGCUCAAUUGGUCCAGCGUCGUCCAAGGUAGGGGAGGGUUUGGCCGGCAGGGAUGUGGGUUCGUUUCCCACAGGGGGCCAGCAUGAAAAAAAACAAAAAACUUUUGCAUUCACUAACUGCAUAAGUUCGUGGAUAAGAGCGUCUGUUAAAUGACUAAAAUGUAAGUUUGUUCCACCUGAGCGAGUCUGACCACCAGUCAGAGACCACUAUGAUGACUCCACAUGUGUUUGAUGGAUCGCGGGAAAAGAGAAGGAGUUUUGUUUUAGGCAACAGUCCAAGAUAUGUCUUCCAAUGGUGCGACUGCUGUCGGCAUCCAAACAUUAUCCAACUUCAAUACAGGUUGGAGGUAAGUAAGGACGACCGCAGUGGUGUAGCCGUAUCGCCUGUAGGCUAUCACUUAUUAUUGAUAUCUACAGAGAGAAUUAAUGUGAAUCACACUGCUGCUCUCUCAUUUAACUAUUUGCACCUUACGGAUUGUGGAUGUCUGUUCACUAAUGUAUAUUUUGACCCCAGUAAUGGUUGAAUUGAAGAAGUUUAAGCUGCCGAUCAAUCGUUGUUUUUGCGACCAGUGGACAGCCAGUGAAGAAUGCGCUCUGGCAACAGCUGCAUAGUGCGGAUCCCAGCCUAUGGAAUGAAGUUUGAGGGUUACUCCCUUCUAGACUCCUCUGUGGGGUUGUGAUCCAUACUGUCAAAAACCCGUUUAAUUAAAGAAGACUGCGAGUGGGGCUUUUAUUGCUCAAUCUAAUUCGUGCUGAAUCCCCCCUCAAAAAAUAUCCAUAGGCCGAAACUGACACAUGAUCAAACUCGCGCACUUUUGAAAGAUUUAAAGGAGCAAUCUGUAGUUGCUACAUUGGACUUCUACAUUAAUGAUAUAUACCCAUUGAUUCUUGAAGAAUAUAACUUAUAAAUGAGCUUAGUUAAACUGUCACACCCCAUGAAAACCCAAAAUAUAAGCCAUGAGAGCAGCAUUUCUUUUUUCAACUUGAAGCAAUUAGCCCAAUCAGUCUCCAUGACGACAAAAUCCUAAACAACCGGAGUAGGGCAUGCUAAGAACUCCUUCGUUUAUUUAGGUUAUACUGAGGUAAAACGGUUCGGUUAAUCUAUACUUCCAUAUUUCCAAGGACUGUUCUUGAAAAUGAAGGGGUAUUAAAUGAAUUGGAAUGACUGGAAAUUUGAGACUUUGGUUUUUAAUGUAUGUAGUAGAAAGCAAUGGGUUAGAAGAAGCCUACAUAACCAACCCAUAACGUAAAACGCAACAUCCAUUUAUGGCCAACUAUGUCAACUCUAACAUUGAUUGAUCCUGCAAUAGUUGUUGUUCAAUUGGUAAUAUUCAUUUUUGACUUCUAAUGCCUCUUAAGAGGAAAGUAAUCAGAUUACAUUACUGAGUUUGGGGAAUCCAAACGUUACAUUACUGAUUACAAUUUUUACAGGUAAUUAGUAACUGAUUACAUUUUAGAAAGGAAUCUACCCCACCCUGCUAGCUAGCUAUGAUGGUGUUGGUGUGGUUGUAAUCUACCCCACCCUGCUAGCUAGCUAUGGUGGUGUUGGUGUGGUUGUAAUCUACCCCACCCUGCUAGCUAGCUAUGAUGGUGUUGGUGUGGUUGUAAUCUACCCCACCCUGCUAGCUAGCUAUGAUAGUGUUGGUGUGGUUGUAAUCUACCCCACCCUGCUAGCUAGCUAUGUUGGUGUGGUUGUAAUCUACCCCACCCUGCUAGCUAGCUAUGAUGGUGUUGAGUUGGUGUGGUUGUAAUCUACCCCACCCUGCUAGCUAGCUAUGAUGGUGUUGAGUUGGUGUGGUUGUAAUCUACCCCACCCUGCUAGCUAGCUAUGAUAGUGUUGGUGUGGUUGUAAUCUACCCCACCCUGCUAGCUAGCUAUGUUGGUGUGGUUGUAAUCUACCCCACCCUGCUAGCUAGCUAUGAUGGUGUGGUUGUAAUCUACCCCACCCUGCUAGCUAGCUAUGAUAGUGUUGGUGUGGUUGUAAUCUACCCCACCCUGCUAGCUAGCUAUGAUAGUGUUGGUGUGGUUGUAAUCUACCCCACCCUGCUAGCUAGCUAUGAUGGUGUUGAGUUGGUGUGGUUGUAAUCUACCCCACCCUGCUAGCUAGCUAUGAUAGUGUUGGUGUGGUUGUAAUCUACCCCACCCUGCUAGCUAGCUAUGAUAGUGUUGGUGUGGUUGUAAUCUACCCCACCCUGCUAGCUAGCUAUGAUGGUGUGGUUGUAAUCUACCCCACCCUGCUAGCUAGCUAUGAUGGUGUUGAGUUGGUGUGGUUGUAAUCUACCCCACCCGGCUAGCUAGCUAUGAUAGUGUUGGUGUGGUUGUAAUCUACCCCACCCUGCUAGCUAGCUAUGGUGGAGUUGGUGUGGUUGUAAUCUACCCCACCCUGCUAGCUAGCUAUGAUGGUGUGGUUGUAAUCUACCCCACCCUGCUAGCUAGCUAUGAUGGUGUUGAGUUGGUGUGGUUGUAAUCUACCCCACACUGCUAGCUAGCUAUGAUAGUGUUGGUGUGGUUGUAAUCUACCCCACCCUGCUAGCUAGCUAUGGUGGUGUUGGUGUGGUUGUAAUCUACCCCACACUGCUAGCUAGCUAUGAUAGUGUUGGUGUGGUUGUAAUCUACCCCACCCUGCUAGCUAGCUAUGAUAGUGUUGGUGUGGUUGUAAUCUACCCCACCCUGCUAGCUAGCUAUGGUGGUGUUGGUGUGGUUGUAAUCUACCCCACCCUGCUAGCUAGCUAUGGUGGUGUUGAGUUGGUGUGGUUGUAACGUUACAAGUCUCGUGGCUCUUCCAGUAACAUUUGGGGGAGUGUUGAUCUUUAAACAGUUCUUCAGCUUACCCAAACUCACAGUCACACUCAGUCACACUCAGUCACACUCACAGUCACAGUCACACUCACAGUCACACUCACAGUCACACUCACACUCACACUCAACUGAUGGUAAUGUUAUUCAUCACUCUAUCGUCCCUUUACCCCUUUGAUAAAGGCGUUAGCUACCAUCACUAAACUACUGAUAUAACUACCUUUACUGCCUCUAUUGAUCCAAACCCAUUCACAGCUGUUAGGAAGCGGCUCUCAUGCUGUGUUGUCUUCUUAUCUGCAGGAGUGGACAGCCACGGCAGACUUCACCCACCACGCCCACACUGCCUCAGUGUCUGCGGUGGCCACCAGCGAGAGGUACAUCGCUACAGGAAGCAGAGACGAGACCAUCCAGAUCUACGACAUGAAGAAGAGGAUAGAACAUGGAGCUCUGCUGCAUCACGACGGUAAGAGAUACGACAUGGAGAAGAGGAUAGGACAUGGAGCUCUGCUGCAGCUCGGCGUCGGGUGUAUUCAUUAGUUGCACACUGUAGCAAAACGUUUAGCAAUGGAAAACCGUUUACUCCAAUCGGGGAAAAACGUUUUUGUAAGGGAAAGAGCAUAGAAAAUGGAACGUUGCUGCACCACGACGGUGAGUUCUGGAAAGCCACUUUUUGGAAAUCAGUUUACUAAUGUUCAGGGUUUUGAGAGCUGCAGAAUCUCACCUGCUACAGCAACAAUCGGGUCCCAAUCCGAGAAUCUUGAAGAAACCUCACUAAUUGCAUCAUUGAACUAUGACUGCAAUGGCUACGUUUUGACUGUCUAUUCCUUAGACGUACAGUAUUGACAAGUCACUGACACGGUCAACAACAUUAUUGUGUGGUCCAUGGUCUUUAGGCAUGGCAAGCCACUGAUAUCGGUCAAAACAUUGUCCCCAAGUGUCACGGCUGCUGUAAGAAGACUUAAGUACCCCUGACCCCCAGGUUUCCUUGUUUUAAUCGUUGUUCAGGUACCAUUUCCUGUCUGGAGUUCUAUGGCUCCUCCCACCUGCUGAGUGGAGGACAGGAUGGGCUGCUAUGUGUUUGGGGCACCAAGAAGUGGGAGUGUCUUAAAUCCAUCAGAGCACACAAGUAAGUUGUCACUCUCUCAGAAAUUAUUAGGGUUGCAAAAUUCCGGUAACUUUCCAAAAUUAUAUAUAUAUAUUAUAUUUCAAGUCCAUCAGAGCUCACAAGUUGCUGAGACAUGACGUAUGUGUGUAUCUGAGGUUGUUGGAUAAAAACAGUCUCGUAUGGAUCAAUAGUCUUCUUCUUGACCCUGGAGAGCUAUUGGGUGGGUUCAGGUUUUUGUUCCACCCCAGCACUAACGUACCUGUUUUAUUUAUUCUCCUCAGGGGUCAUGUUACGUCACUGUCCGUCCAUCCCUCAGGGAAACUGGCCCUGACUGUCGGCACAGACAAGACACUCCGGUUGGCUUUCUGUUUUGAGUACAUUUUGGUUCUCAGUUCUUGUUGUAGGUGUUCAAAACAUUCUCUUGCAACUAAGUUGACUGACACUUUUGUUGUUGCAGAACGUGGAAUCUAAUCGACGGAAGAUCAGCAUUCAUCAAAAACAUAAAACAGAGUAAGUUUAUCACUCUGACCAUUAUGUACCAUUACACAUGCUUCAGUACCUCCCGAGUGGGGCAGUGGUCUAAGGCACUGUAUCGCAGUGCUAGCUGUGCCACUAGAGAUCCUGGUUCGAAUCCAGGCUCUGUCGCAGCCGGCCGCGACCGGGAGACCCAUGGGGCGGCGCACAAUUGGCCCAGGGUAGGGGAGGGAAUGGCCGGCAGGGAUGUAGCUCAGUUGGUAGAGCAUGGCGUUUGCAACGCCAGGGUUGUGGGUUCGAUUCCCACGGGGGGCCAGUAUGAAAAAUAAAAAAAUAAUGUAUGCACUCACUAACUGUAAGUCUGCUAAACGACUAAAAUGUAUUUGUAAAAUAAUAAUGUCAAUUUCUCUCUCUACCUUUCUCUCCCCUAGAUGCGGUGAUAGUGAAGUGGUCUCCUGAGGGGGAUAAGUACGUGGUAGUGAUCAGCGACAAGGUGGACGUUUAUAACCUGGAAACAGCUACUCUGGCAUCAACCAUCAUCAACCCCAAGAGGAUCUCAUCCAUCAAGUUCCUCACUGUGAGUUAUAUCAAGAAUGGUAUAGUUCUGGGCUUUUUAAAGGGUAAUAAUCACCCAUAUUUAGUUUAGAGUGAUCAACACAACGGUGUGCAUAUAAAGAGUUAGCUUAGAACACAUGCGUCUAUUUGUGACCGUCAAGGUGCAGGUUAAUGGUGGUCACUAGGCUUUAUGCAUAAAACUACACACUGCACAAAAGCGCAGUAGAACACAUACACGAAGAACCGUAAAGAACACAGAUGGAUGAAUAUGAAAUGUGAGAAGGGAAACAACCUUUAUCCACCUGCAAGUAGCGGUUCAUUUUUUUGUUGUCCCUUUUUGUAUGGAGUAAGUGAGGUGGAAAUGGUUUGUUUGUCGUCAGAAUUCCAUCCUGGCCAUAGCGGGGGACGACGAGACAGUCCGGCUGUGUGACAUCAACACUCAGAAGGUGCUCUGUGAGUUUGAGGCUCAUGAAACCAGGUACGUUGAAUAAUUGCUAUGGUCUCACUCCUUCCCCUGCUAUAAUCAAUAUUUAGUAUAUAAACAUACAUUGUAUGGUGAUAUAAUUCUUGGAUGUUUGUUGUGAAAAGUUUGGAAGAAGAAUAUUGUCUCACUUCUCUCUCUCUCUUUUUAGGGUGAAAUCAGUGGACAGUUUCAUCACGGAGGACUUCUGUGUUCUGGUGACUGCGUCAAACGAUGGCUUCAUCAAAAUGUGGAAACUUAACCUUGAGGUAUGUACCACCUGUCCUCGGCUUUCAUUCGCUGUGGCCCUCAAGGGCCUGCAUAAAAACAAAACAUUUAACCUUUAUUUAACUAGGCAAGUCGGUUAAGAACAAAUUCUUAUUUACAAUGACGGCCUAGCAGAAGGCCUCCUGCGGGGACGGGGGGCUGGGAUUAAAAAUAAAUGACAAAUCACACAUCACGACAAGAGACACCACAACACUACAUAAAGAGAGACCAAAGACAACAACAUAGCAUGGUAGCAACACCACAUGACAACAACAUGGUAGAAAAACAACAUGGCAGCAGCACAAAACAUGGUACAAACAUUAUUGGGCACAGACAACAGCACAAAGGGCAAGAAGGUAGAGACAACAAUACAUCACGCGAAGCAGCCACAGUUUACACUGUCCAGUUUGAGUGUUUUUUGCAGCUCGUUCCAGUCGCUAGCUGCAGCGAACUGAAAAGAGGAGCGACCCAGGGAUGUGUGUGCUUUGGGGACCUUUAACAGAAUGUGACUGGCAGAACGGGUGUUGUAUGUGGAGGAUGAGGGCUGCAGUAGGUAUCUCAGAUAGGGGGGAGUGAGGCCUAAGAGGGUUUUAUAAAUAAGCAUCAACCAGUGGGUCUUGCGACGGGUAUACAGAGAUGACCAGUUUACAGAGGAGUAUAGAGUGCAGUGAUGUGUCCUAUAAGGAGCAUUGGGUGUUUGGAGUCAUACCUUGUGGGAUUGGUAAUAAUCUGAGAAAGAUUUAGGGAGUCCCAUUGCUUUAGGACUUGGUCAGGUGGUUUAAGCAUGUCCCAGUUUAGGUCACCUAGCAGGACAGAUUCAGACUUGGUGUAAGGGACCAGGAGAGAGCUUAGGGCAGGUAGGGUACAGGCCGGUGCUGAUGGAGGACGAUAACGCCCAGCAACAGUCAACAAAGAGCUAUUUGAAAGUUUAAUGCUUAAAACCGGCAAAUCAAAUUGUUUGGUGACCGACUUGGUGGAGACAACCGAGCCCUGAAGGUGUUCCUUGGUAAAGAUUUCCACUCCACCACCUUUGGAAGAUCUGUCUUGCCGAAGAAGGAUAUAACAGACUAAACAUUGCUCACUCAGUUCCAGGUUGGAAGGUGUUUUCAGGUGUUUUCAGGUGUUUUCAGGUGUUUUCAGGUGUUUUCAGGUGUUUUCAGGUGUUUUCAGGUGUUUUCAGGUUUCUUGUGCUUCUUUUGCUGGUCGUUGGUUUGCCAGAGCAUUUGCUGUAUAGACCUUGGAAAUAAUAAUCUUUGGUAGUAGGAAUCCUUCCAGGUAAUUUUGUAACAUAAUCAGGUUGUAGGUUUGGAGUUUUGAUUUGUAGUGAAUGUUAUGUUGUGGAGGGUAGAAUCCUGUAUACAGUGGGGGAGAACAAGUAUUUGAUACACUGCCGAUUUUGCAGGUUUUCCUACUUACAAAGCAUGUAGAGGUCUGUAAUUUUUUAUCAUAGGUACACUUCAACUGUGAGAGACGGAAUCUGAAACAAAAAUCCAGAAAAUCACAUUGUAUGAUUUUUAAGUCAUUAAUUUGCAUUUUAUUGCAUGACAUAAGUAUUUGAUCACCUACCAACCAGUAAGAAUUCCGGCUCUCACAGACCUGUUACUUUUUCUUUAAGAAGCCCUCCUGUUCUCCACUCAUUACCUGUAUUAACUGCACCUGUUUGAACUCGUUACCUGUAUAAAAGACACCUGUCCACACACUCAAUCAAACAGACUCCAACCUCUCCACAAUGGCCAAGACCAGAGAGCUGUGUAAGGACAUCAGGGAUACAAUUGUAGACCUGCACAAGGCUGGGAUGGGCUACAGGACAAUAGGCAAGCAGCUUGGUGAGAAGGCAACAACUGUUGGCGCAAUUAUUAGAAAAUGGAAGAAGUUCAAGAUGACGGUCAAUCACCCUCGGUCUGGGGCUCCAUGCAAGCUCUCACCUCGUGGGGCAUCAAUGAUCAUGAGGAAGGUGAGGGAUCAGCCCAGAACUACACGGCAGGACUUGGUCAAUGACCUGAAGAGAGCUGGGACCACAGUCUCAAAGAAAACCAUUAGUAACACACUACGCCGUCAUGGAUUAAAAUCCUGCAGCGCACGCAAGGUCCCCCUGCUCAAGCCAGCGCAUGUCCAGGCCCGUCUGAAGUUUGCCAAUGACCAUCUGGAUGAUCCAGAGGAGGAAUGGGAGAAGGUCAUGUGGUCUGAUGAGACAAAAAUAGAGCUUUUUGGUCUAAACUCCACUCGCCGUGUUUGGAGGGAAGAAGGAUGAGUACAACCCCAAGAUCACCAUCCCAACCGUGAAGCAUGGAGGUGGAAAAAUCAUUAUUUGGGGAUGCUUUUCUGCAAAAGGGACAGGACGACUGCACCGUAUUGAGUGGAGGAUGGAUGGGGCCAUGUAUCGCGAGAUCUUGGCCAACAACCUCCUUCCCUCAGCAAGAGCAUUGAAGAUGGGUUGUGGCUGGGUCUUCCAGCAUGACAACGACCCAAAACACACAGCCAGGGCAACUAAGGAGUGGCUCCGUAAGAAGCAUCUCAAGGUCCUGGAGUGGCCUAGCCAGUCUCCAGACCUGAACCCAAUAGAAAAUCUUUGGAGGGAGCUGAAAGUCCGUAUUGCCCAGCGACAGCCCCGAAACCUGAAGGAUCUGGAGAAGGUCUGUAUGGAGGAGUGGGCCAAAAUCCCUGCUGCAGUGUGUGCAAACCUGGUCAAGACCUACAGGAAACGUAUGAUCUCUGUAAUUGCAAACAAAGGUUUCUGUACCAAAUAUUAAGUUCUGCUUUUCUGAUGUAUCAAAUACUUAUGUCAUGCAAUAAAAUGCAAAUGAAUUACUUAAAAAUCAUACAAUGUGAUUUUCUGGAUUUCUGUUUUAGAUUCCGUCUCUCACUGUUGAAGUGUACCUAUGAUAAAAAUUACAGACCUCUACAUGCUUUGUAAGUAGGAAAACCUGCAAAAUCGGCAGUGUAUCAAAUACUUGUUCUCCCCCACUGUAUGUCCUUGCGGAAAAAUCCAAGUUUAUCCAACACUAAAUCUAUAUUUUUGUGAAAACAUGCUGAAAAAUGCAGGAGCCCAUCUGCUCAUGACCUCUCUCUCUCUGCCCUUUCCAGAGUAGUUAGCAUUUUUCAUUUAUUUAACCUUUAUUUAGGAAGGGAUGUCCCAUUGAGACCAAGGUGUCUUCCACGAGAGCCCUGCAUGACAAGACCAAGCAUUUACACACCAUCUCUGCAUGACAAGACCAAGCAUUUACACACCAUCUCUGUAGGACUAGAAAGGGUUUCCAGGGUUGAAGAACAGUAAUGCUUCUCUAAUGAUGUCAUCAUUGUAUUAUUCAUCAGUGAUGUCAUCGAUGUUCAUUGUUGUCUGUAUUUGCUACUAGUCUAAGUAACCAUGACAAUUCCAGGAGUUGACAUGAGAUUUACAUUUACGUCAUUUAGCAGACGCUCUUAUCCAGAGCGACUUACAGUUAGUGGUUUUACGACAGAGCCUGGAUUCGAACCAGGAUCUCUAGUGGCACAGCUAGCACUGCGAUGCAGUGCCUUAGACCACUGCGCCACUCGGGAGACGAGUGAUGGCACUAAAUAAAUACAGUCUCAUCUCAUCUCAUGGUUGUCUGUUGUUGUUGUUCCAGUCCUUGGAGCCUCCAGUCCUCCUGGGGAAGGUGAAUACCACAGCUCGGCUGACCUGUCUGGCUGUGUGGCAGCCCUCCAACCUACAGGAGCCUCCCCCGGAGAUCAAAACAGAACCUACAACCUCUCGAGGUACUGUGUUCCUUCAUUCGUAACAAUAUGCCAUUUUUAGCAUUUUAUCCAAAGCGACUGUCAUGCACGCAUAUCCUGGUCCUGGUGACCCAAAAGGGUAUGCUAAGUACUCAAAGAGAAGUUUGGGACAACCUCUCAAAGUACUGGACUGUCUAAUGAUUUAAUGCUGGAGGGACUGGGAUAUAGCCUGGGUACCAGUCUAAUGAUUUAAUGCUGGAGGGACUGGGAUAUAGCCUGGGUACCAGUCUAAUGAUUUAAUGCUGGAGGGACUGGGAUAUAGCCUGGGUACCAGUCUAAUGAUUUAAUGCUAGAGGGACUGGGAUAUAGCCUGGGUACCAGUCUAAUGAUUUAAUGCUGGAGGGACUGGGAUAUAGCCUGGGUACCAGUCUAAUGAUUUAAUGCUGGAGGGACUGGGAUAUAGCCUGGGUACCAGUCUAAUGAUUUAAUGCUGGAGGGACUGGGAUAUAGCCUGGGUACCAGUCUGUUAGAUAACAUUUCCUUCCUUGGUAGCUAAACAGACUGUUUACCCAGUAAGGAUAAUCGGUCCCCGGUUCAAAUGUUCAAGAUAUGAGUGCAUCGGUCUGCGGGACACCAAACCGACCCAAAUGUAGCACGCAUCGUUCAGGAAAUCGAUACAAACGUUACGAAUCACCGGUUCACUCAGUUUUUGGGUUCUACUGGGUGGAGACCUGCUAGCCUGAAUAUGUCUUGGUUCUACUGGGUGGAGACCUGCUAGCUUAAUAUGUCUUGGUUCUACUGGGUGGAGACCUGCUAGCCUGAAUAUGUCUUGACUCCACUACCCAAUUUUGAAUGAUGAUAAAUGAAUUCUUGUGACUUAUGUUUGUCUUGUAUCACAUCUGUUAUAGUGUGUUGGACUAGAUCUAAUAUGUGGAAUGGCUGGAUGAAACUCUGGACUAGAGAAACCCUCUUUAAAUUUAAACAUGAAGGUCUCUUUUAUAGAAAGUGAUGCGCGAACAUAUUUGAGUGCUUAAAUGUAUAUUGUUCUGGCAGUAUAUAUAGCAUGAGAAUAUCAUGUGAUUUGUUUUCGGUCAUCCCCAACAGACACCAAGGAUGUUCUGGAGCUUGCAAAGAAGAAGAGGGUCAGGAUCUCAACUGUAGAAGUGGUCCUAGAGGAAGACGGUUCACCCAAGAAGAAGAAGAAGAAAGAUGGUGGGAAAAAAAAGCUGAAAACCUAAUAAAAAAAUAUUUUUAAUAGUAUUUUCAACCUGGUCUCAGAUCAUUUUGUAUUAUUCUGUACGUAAAUCAGAGACACUCCAUUUAGUAUGAUAUGUUACGUUUCGUACGGUAUGUAUUAAUUUGUGGUUUCAUGUUAUGAAUUUGCAAUUUGGUUCAGGAGAAGGGUUGGCUAACAUGCUAAGUAGUUGAAAAGUUGCUCAAGUUGUCCCCUGAUGAGAUUCGAACUCGUAACCUUUGGUUUGCUAGACGUUUUGCGUUAUACGACCAACCACCCUGCUUUCGUUUUUUUUGCCUUAAGUAACCAUCCCAAAACGUAACAUAUCAUACGAAUUUCAGUGUCCCGGAUUUACAGGUACUAUAUUACGUCUAGUCUAUGAGACCGGGCUGGUAUUUUUGGUGUGGAGAUUUUGUAUAGAAUGUGGUCUUCUAGAACAGGGUUUCCCAAACUCUGUCCUCGGGACCCCAAAGCGUACACAUUUUAGUUUUUUUGCUAGCUGUGCCACUAGAGAUCCUGGUUCGAGUCCAGGCUCUGUCGCAGCCGGCCGCGACCGGGUGACCCAUGGGUCGGGCGCGCAAUUGGUCCAACGUCGUCCAAGGUAGGGGAGGGUUUGGCCGGCAGGGAUGUGGGUUCGUUUCCCACGGGGGGGCCAGUAUGAAAAAAACAAAACACGUAUGCAUUCACUAACUGUAAGUCGCUCUGGAUAAGAGCGUCUGCUAAAUGACCUAAAUGUACACAGCUGAUUCAAAUGAUCAAAGCUUAGUGAUUUAGUUUAUUAUUUCAAUCAGCUGUGUAGUGCUAGGGCGAAAACCAAAACGUGCACCCCUUGGGGUCCCGAGCACCGAGUUUGGGAAACCCUGUUCUGGAUUUAUGUGACGAUGACAUUUGCCACUAGGAGGUGACAGACCUACUUUUAUCAACAGCUUCUAUGUCCUCCUCCUGUCAAUUGUCAUUGCAUUAUCUAUGCAUAUUAUCAAACUGAUGGAUGACAAUGGACUCAAUUAUCAAUCCAAUUUUCCUAUCAAAACAUAUCAAUGAAAAUAGAUAUAAUAAAAAUAGCUUAGUCUGUAGGGGAGUGGAUGGUAGUCGCUGGAGUGUCUAAGAACAGGGAUUGAGGGUAUUGCCUUUUGACCUUUUUUAUUUAUUACUGAACAAAAAUAAAGGCAACAUGAAACAAUUUGAAAGAUUUUACUGAGUUACAGUUCAUAUAAGGACAUCCAGUCAAUUGAAAAAUGUAUUAGGCCCUAAUCGAUGGAUUUCACAUGACUGGGAAUACAGAUAUGAAUCUGUUGGUCACAGAUACGUUGACAAAAAAAAGGUUUUGGCGUGGAUCAGAAAACCAGUCCAUAUCUCGUGUGACUACAAUUUGCCUCAUGCAGCGCAACGCAUCUCCUUCGCAUAGAGUUCAUCAGGCUGUUAAUUGUGGCCUGUGGAACGUUUUCCCACUCCUCUUCUAUUACAUUUUAGUCAUUUAGCAGACGCUCUUAUCCAGAGCGACUUACAGUUAGUGAGUGCAUAAAUGUUUCAUACUGGCCCCCCGUGGGAAUCGAACCCACAACCCUGGCGUUGCAAGCGCCAUGCUCUACCACCUGAGGAGGCCAGGAACUGGAACGCGCUGUCGUACACGUCGAUCCAGAGCAUCCCAAACAUGCUCAAUGGGUGACAUGUCUGGUGGGUAUGUAGGCCGUGGAAGAACUGGGACAUUUUCAGCUUCCAGGAAUUGUGUACAGGUGCUUGCGACAUGGGGCUGUGCAUUAUCAUGCUGAAACAUGAGGUGAUGGCGGUUGGAUAAACGGCACGACGAUGGGCCUCAGGAUCUCGUCACGGUAUCGCUGUGCAUUCAAAUUCAAAUGCCAUUGAUAAAAUGCAAUUGUGUUUGUUGUCUGUAGCUUACGCCUGCCCAUACCAUAACCCCACUGCCACCAUGGGGCUGUCUGACAAUGUUGACAUCAGCAAAAUCGCUCGCCCACACGAGCGGUUGUGAGGCUGGUUGAACGUACUGCCAAAUUCUCUAAAAUGACGUUGGAGGCGGCUUAUGGUAGAGAAAUGAACAAUACGUUCUACUAGCAACAGCUCUGGUGGACAUUCCUGCAGUCAGCAUGCCAAUUGGAACAUUUGAGACAAAUAAGCUUUUUGUGAGUAUGGAACAUUUCUAGAGUCUUAUUUCAGCUCAUGAAACAUGGGACCAACACUUUCAAAUCAAAUCAAAUCAAAUUUUAUUGGUCACAUGCGCCGAAUACAACAGGUGCAGACAUUACAGUGAAACGCUUACUUACAGCCCUUAACCAACAGUGCAUUUAUUUUUAACAAAAAAAGUAAAAAUAAAACAACAAAAAAAAGUGUUGAGGAAAAAAAAGAGCAGAAGUAAAAUAAAGUGACAGUAGGGAGGCUAUAUAUACAGGGGGGGUACCGGUGCAGAGUCAAGCUGUUGAGAAGUCUUUUGGACCUAGACUUGGCACUCCGGUACCGCUUGCCGUGCGGUAGCAGAGAGAACAGUCUAUGACUAGGGUGGCUGGAGUCUUUGACAAUUUUGAGGGCCUUCCUCUGACACCGCCUGGUAUAGAGGUCCUGGAUGGCAGGAAGCUUGGCCCCAGUGAUGUACUGGGCCGUACGCACUACCCUCUGUAGUGCCUUGCGGUCGGAGGCCAAGCAGUUGCCAUACCAGGCGGUGAUGCAACCAGUCAGGAUGCUCUCGAUGGUGCAGCUGUAGAAUUUUUUGAGGAUCUGAGGACCCAUGCCAAAUCUUUUCAGUCUCCUGAGGGGGAAUAGGCUUUGUGGUGGCCUCUUCACGACUGUCUUGGUGUGUUUAUAUUUUUGCUCAAUAUAGAGCAAGUUUGUUGAUCUUUUGUAGGCUUGAAAUGUCAGCUGACGGGUGAUGAAAGAUGGUUAUGUCUAGGUACAAACAGAAACACGAUGUUAAUAUAACACCGAGGCACAUGGUAAAUAAAGGGUAAACAAACUGAAAUACUCACAGUGUUGCACAAUUAGCAAAUAAGGGAAGUGCACUUGUAUGCACAACAAUCAAACGAUCAAAAUCUACAUAACAAUACGAACAAAAUACCUUGGCACCACACUCAUGCAAUACAGUCAAUAAUGCAAUUCUCUAGUGGACCAUGCUGGUUUUGGUUGAAAAAAAAAACCUUCUCCGUUGGGGUUUUAUGGCGGUGUGCAUACUAGUAUUAGGUGCAUUACCGCCACCUACUGGACUGGAGUGUGAUGAGACUAUGGAGGUGUUCUAGAUUCUGUACUGUAGUCUACAUGAAUGGAGGAAGGAAAUUAUUGCUGAGUGAAUUACGGUUUGUUCUGGACGGGUUUUGAGUGAAUUGGGGAGGGUGAAGCUUAUUCCCAGGGAUCAUUCUUCUAGCCUUUUGAUGUUCAUAGCUUUGACAGUGAAGGAGGACGUGACCUGUAGUUUCUGCUGCUGGACAGCUAGGACAUUAACCUGUCGUGUUUUCCUAUCUCAUGGAGAGAGUGGUUGAGGCCAUUGUGUCCUAUUCGCAGACGGGUGAUUAUGGUUUCUGAUCGUCUUGAAAGUCCUUUGUGGUUAUUGCUGAUUGAAACCAGCGGAGUAUACACAUCUUCCUUUUACCCCUUUCUGUCCUUUUGCCAUUUGUCAGUGAUUUUGAUUUCCGAGGAGUAACUUAAUUUCAGAUUUUUCACAUUGGAACUAUGAUGUCAUGUAGGGGUCCUUUUGGCCGCUUCAUCUGCCACCUGGUUCUCAGGAACCCCCACGUGAGCUGGGACCCAAAGAAAGUUGACCGUUAUGGCUUGGUGUUGAAUCCUGAGAAGUGCCUGUAAGAUGUUGAAUACUAGGUCUGGUCUGAUAAUAGGUCUGGCCUAAUACUAGGUCUGGCCUAAUACUAGGUCUGGCCUAAUACUAGGUCUGGCCUAAUACUAGGUCUGGCUGAUACUGGUCUGGCCUGAUACUAGGUCUGGCCUGAUACUAGGUCUGGCCUAAUCUAGGUCUGGCCUGAUACUAGGUCUGGCCUAAUACUAGUCUGGCCUAAUACUAGGUCUGGCCUGAACUAGGUCUGGCCUGAUACUAGGUCUGGGCCUGAUACUAGGUUCUGGCCUAAUACUAGUCUGGCCUAGACUAGUCUGGCCUGAUACUAGGUCUGGCCUGAUACUAGGUCUGGCCUGAUACUAGGUCUGGCCUGAUACUAGGUCUGGCCUGAUACUAGGUCUGGCCUGAUACUAGGUCUGGCCUGAUACUAGGUCUGGCCUAAUACUAGGUCUGGCCUGAUACUAGGUCUGGCCUGAUACUAGGUCUGGCCUAAUACUAGGUCUGGCCUGAUACUAGGUCUGGCCUGAUACUAGGUCUGGCGUAAUACUAGGUCCUGAUGAGUGGGUCUGGUGGUCUGUUCUCUUCUAUCCAAGGUGAAGAUACAGACCAUGACUUCACAGGUGAUUUGUUUUGUCUUGAACUGUAUGUUUUCAAUUUUUUUUUAAUAUCACAUGCACAAGUACAGUGAGAUGUCUUCCUGGGACAGCGAAGGCUGCUGAGACGUGUCCUGUCACUGGGUCCUUGGAGCCGUCUGUGUAAAUAUGUGUUUGCGACGUGGUAUUGUGACUUUACAUACCCUGCUGUCAUUAGUCCUUUAUCCUCUCCUUCCUGAUCAUCUCCAGUAGAUCAAAUCUACUAUUGGGGGUGUCGAGCUAGGGCUGCACCAAUGGUAAGGGUACAGUUGGUUCCACAUAGGUCGACUUCACCCCUAGGUCCUGGACCCAUUUAAAAAAAUCUUCCAUCCAAAGGCUUCAUUUUUUUUGGGGGGGGGGUUGAGUAUUCCCAGCAAUCCUCAAGGAUGGACUUCCCCGUGUGAGUGGAGGCGUGUCCUUUAAGGGAAGCCCAGUAAGCAAUAGAGGGGUUUUGUCUUCUUAGUUUUAAGGGCAUCUCUUUCCAAUCGUAGGGAGGAUAUGGGGAAUUAUUUAAAUGCCCCACAGCUUAGUCUUAGGGUGGCAGCUUGGAUAACGUCCAACUUUUGUAAUAUCCCGCUGAGCCAUAGGCCAUGCAUCCAUAGACCAUACAUCCAUAGGCCAUACAUCCAUAGACCAUACAUCCAUAGGCCAUACAUCCAUAGACCAUACAUCCAUAGACCAUACAUCCAUAGGCCAUAGGCCAUACAUCCAUAGGCCAUACAUCCAUAGGCCAUAGGCCAUACAUCCAUAGGCCAUACAUCCAUAGGCCAUGCAUCCAUAGGCCAUGCAUCCAUAGGCCAUACAUCCAUAGACCAUACAUCCAUAGACCAUACAUCCAUAGACCAUACAUCCAUAGGCCAUACAUCCAUAGGCCAUACAUCCAUAGGCCAUACAUCCAUAGACCAUACAUCUAUAGACCAUACAGCCAUAGACCAUACAUCCAUAGACCAUACAUCCAUAGACCAUACAUCCAUAGACCAUACAGCCAUAGACCAUGCAUCCAUAGGCCAUACAUCCAUAGACCAUACAGCCAUAGACCAUACAUCCAUAGACCAUACAUCCAUACAUCCAUAGGCCAUGCAUCCAUAGACCAUACAUCCAUAGGCCAUGCAUCCAUAGACCAUACAUCCAUAGGCCAUACAUCCAUAGACCAUGCAUCCAUAGACCAUACAUCCAUAGGCCAUAGGCCAUACAUCCAUAGGCCAUACAUCCAUAGGCCAUACAUCCAUAGACCAUACAUCCAUAGGCCAUACAUCCAUAGGCCAUACAUCCAUAGGCCAUAGACCAUACAUCCAUAGGCCAUACAUCCAUAGGCCAUACAUCCAUAGACCAUACAUCCAUAGGCCAUACAUCCAUAGGCCAUGCAUCCAUAGACCAUACAUCCAUAGACCAUACAUCCAUAGGCCAUACAUCCAUAGGCCAUACAUCCAUAGACCAUACAUCCAUAGGCCAUACAUCCAUAGACCAUACAUCCAUAGGCCAUGCAUCCAUAGGCCAUGCAUCCAUAGACCAUACAUCCAUAGACCAUACAUCCAUAGACCAUACAUCCAUAGGCCAUACAUCCAUAGGCCAUACAUCCAUAGACCAUACAUCCAUAGGCCAUACAUCCAUAGACCAUACAUCCAUAGGCCAUGCAUCCAUAGGCCAUGCAUCCAUAGACCAUACAUCCAUAGUCAAAUUUGGAUCUGAUGAGAGCGAAAUAGACACAAUGCGGAUAACCCCCCAUGAGUACCUGGUUAGACAUCUCAUUACCCCCCAUGAGUACCCGGUUAGACAUCUCAUUACCCCCCAUGAGUACCUGGUUAGACAUCUCAUUACCCCCCAUGAGUACCUGGUUAGACAUCUCAUUACCCCCCAUGAGUACCUGGUUAGACAUCUCAUUACCCCCCAUGAGUACCUGGUUAGACAUCUCAUUGCCCCCCAUGAGUACCUGGUUAGACAUCUCAUUGCCCCCCAUGAGUACCUGGUUAGACAUAUCAAAUCAAAUCAAAUCAAAUUGUAUUGGCCACAUGCGCCGAAUACAACAGGUGCAGACAUUACAGUGAAAUGCUUACUUACAGCCCUUAACCAACAGUGCAUUUAUUUUAAACAAAAAAAGUAAAAAUAAAACAACAACAAAAAAAAGUGUUGAGAAAAAAAAGAGCAGAAGUAAAAUAAAGUGACAGUAGGGAGGCUAUAUAUACAGGGGGGUACCGUUGCAGAGUCAAUGUGCGGGGGCACCGGCUAGUUGAGGUAGUUGAGGUAAUAUGUACAUGUGGGUAGAUUUAAAGUGACUAUGCAUAAAUACUUAACAGAGUAGCAGCAGCGUAAAAAGGAUGGGGUGGGGGGGGCAGUGCAAAUAGUCCGGGUAGCCAUGAUUAGCUGUUCAGGAGUCUUAUGGCUUGGGGGUAGAAGCUGUUGAGAAGUCAUGAGUACCUGGUUAGACAUCUCAUUACCCCCCGUGAGUACCUGGUUAGACAUCUCAUUGCCCCCCAUGAGUACCUGGUUAGACAUAUAAUUGCCCCCCCAUGAGUACCUGGUUAGACAUCUCAUUGCCCCCCAUGAGUACCUGGUUAGACAUCUCAUUGCCCCCCAUGAGUACCUGGUUAGACAUCUCAUUGCCCCCCAUGAGUACCCGGUUAGACAUCUCAUUACCCCCCAUGAGUACCUGGUUAGACAUCUCAUUGCCCUCAUGAGUACCUGGUUAGACACAUCUCAUUACCCCCCAUGAGUACCUGGUUAGACAUCUCAUUACCCCCCAUGAUACCUGGUUAGACAUCUCAUUGCCCCCCAUGAGUACCUGGUUAGACAUCUCAUUACCCCCCCAUGAGUACCCGGUUAGACAUCUCAUUGCCCCCCAUGAGUACCCGGUUAGACAUCUCAUUACCCCCCCAUGAGUACCCGGUUAGACAUCUCAUUACCCCCCAUGAGUACCCGGUUAGACAUCUCAUUGCCCCCCAUGAGUACCCGGUUAGACAUCUCAUUGCCCCCCAUGAGUACCUGGUUAGACAUCUCAUUACCCCCCAUGAGUACCUGGUUAGACAUCUCAUUGCCCCCCAUGAGUACCUGGUUAGACAUCUCAUUACCCCCCCAUGAGUACCCCCGGUUAGACAUCUCAUUACCCCCCCAUGAGUACCCGGUUAGACAUCUCAUUGCCCCCCAUGAGUACCUGGUUAGACAUCUCAUUACCCCCCCAUGAGUACCCCGGUAGACAUCUCAUUACCCCCCAUGAGUACCUGGUUAGACAUCUCAUUACCCCCCCAUGAGUACCUGGUUAGACAUCUCAUUACCCCCCCAUGAGUACCUGGUUAGACAUCUCAUUACCCCCCAUGAGUACCCCGGUUAGACAUCUCAUUACCCCCCAUGAGUACCUGGUUAGACAUCUCAUUGCCCUCAUGUGCACCCGGUUAGUGGCCGCUCUAACAAUGAAAAUAAAUGUCUUCAAACAUGGAAGGCAGUUGGGAGGAGGCAAGAUCAGGUGGGAGCAUUCUAGCCAAUGAAAGGGCAGAUAGGGGCGUGAACAACAGGCACAACUCCGAUAUAAAGUGUUCUUUCUCAAAGUUGCCGGGAUGUCACGUGACCUGCAUAUAUCAAUACACUCCUAACAACCUAAUUAUUACGAAACUUCUAUUCGAUCAAAUAAGCCAAAUGUAGCAAAUAAGCCAUACAUUGUUUUGUUAACCAAAUUCUACACUUAUUGACCUCCAUACAAAAACUCCUCGCUUGGUUAGCUAAAACAACGCCACCUGCUGGAGAAGACAGGUUUUUGGGCCCAUGCUUAUCCGUCUAGCUUCGCCUCUACCUCUCUGGGAAAGUUACAUCUGUGAAAAUCACGAGAAGUGGACUUGUUUAGAUUUUAAAAAAUGUAUCUGUUGAUCAGAAGCAACUUGUGUUGGAUCUCACGCAAACUGAUGGAUAUAAUGUUUCGUACUUUGAUUUACGAAGCAGCGCACCUGUCAAACGAGCCAUUUCUGCAGCAGCGGAAGAAUUCAACAUUGCUCUACUGAAGAAGAUUCAUGGAGCGGUCGAUGCGUGUAGAAUGAAUCGCAUGGUAAAUUACAGGAAGUAGAAGAGUUCUCGUCUUUUCCUGUGUUUUGAGAUGUUUCUAUCUCUAUCCGAGUGCAGCUGGGAUUUGUCAACUACCCUUCCAGCGCGUUUUUCCCCAGACCUUUGCAACGUUACGUCGGCUACCCGCUGUAAAAUGUGUGGACAUGUAUGAAGUGUGUGCUGACGGGAGUCAUAUAGUCAUAUAGUAAAGUUGACAUUUGUUUCUGCAGCUGAAUGAUUUCUGGAUUUAAAUAUUUAUCAUCCGAGGAGCUACAUAGAGUUCUGUCUGCUGCGGUCCCACCCUCGCAGGCCCCUGAGCAUGAACGGGGAGUUGUAG